UCGAUGUUCAGCUUUCCUUUGACUCAUUACAAAUUAGAUUUUUAAGUUCAAGGCCAUUAUAAACUAAUGGCGUGUAUCUUUCUAGAUAAUAAUUAUAUUAAAUUAUUCCUAUGUUUACAAUUUGUGCUUUUCCAAAAUAUUUUGCAUCACGUGAUCUUAUUGAAUUUUAAUUGGUUGUCGGUGAGCGUGCCCUGCGCGACGCGAGAGGCGCAACGCAAUAUUAGUUUUCCAAAAUGCCGUCGGAAUCGAAGCCUUUGUUGACAGCUCAAACAGAAAAACCAAAUCAUUAUAAAUAUCUAAAGGAAUUCCGAGUGGAGCAGUGUCCGUCUUUCUUACAACACAAAUGUACACAACACAGGCCUUUCACAUGUUUUCACUGGCAUUUCAAUAACCAGAGAAGAAGAAGACCCGUUAGAAAAAGAGAUGGAUCUUUCAAUUAUAGCGCAGAUAACUACUGUACCAAAUAUAAUGAGACAUCGGGUAUUUGCGAGGAUGGGGACGAAUGCCCCUACCUCCACCGCACCGCGGGCGACACCGAGCGCCGCUACCACCUCCGGUACUACAAAACAUGCAUGUGUGUGCACGAUACGGACGCGCGCGGGCUCUGUACCAAGAACGGCGCGCACUGCGCCUUCGCUCACGGCGCGCCGGACCUGCGGCCGCCGGUGCUCGAUGUUAGGGAGCUCCAGGCUAUGGAGAACCCCGACCAGGCGGAUGGGGACGCCGCCGCGCCUAAUGCUUUAGAUAGGGAACGGAAUUUGAUGAAUGAAGAUCCUAAAUGGCAAGAUACGAAUUACGUGUUAUCAUCAUAUAAAACGGAGCCAUGUAAAAGACCUCCUAGGUUAUGUAGACAAGGGUAUGCCUGCCCACAAUAUCACAAUAGUAAGGAUAAACGCAGAUCACCGCGAAAGUACAAAUACCGAAGCACCCCGUGCCCCAACGUGAAGCACGGUGAGGAGUGGGGCGAGCCGAGCAACUGCGAGGCCGGCGAGGCGUGCGGGUACUGUCACACCCGCACCGAGCAACAGUUUCAUCCAGAGAUAUACAAGAGCACCAAGUGCAAUGACGUGCAGCAGGCCGGCUACUGCCCGAGGGGACUGUUCUGUGCCUUUGCGCAUGUUGAACCGGAAGAUCUGACAGCUUCGCGUGACCUGACCGCUCCGCUAGAAUGCGGCACGAACUUGGCGGAGCUUCUCUCCUCCGCCCUGCCCGACGCCAAGCCCGACCUGCUGCUGCCCGCGUCGCCGCCCGCGCCCGCGCCCGCGCUCGCGCCGCACACCAACGGCAGCGGCGACUCCGAGUGCGCCAGCACCUCCAGCGGCGGCUCCAGCCAGGGCCGCGCCGUCGGACCCAGGCCCGCGGACCCCAAGCCGCCCCAGCAUAACGUCUGGGCUCAACGAAGCGCGUUCGACGCGACAGUUCUACAGGAGGUCGUCGGGAACGCCCUCGACGAUAUGCACCUAGAUGAUCCGCUGUCGCUGGUCGCCGCUUUAGAUAGGGAUCUAGCCGACGGGGAAUCCAUGCUAGCUCCGUCGGCGCCGGUUAAUAUUCCACGCGGCGCUCAUCCGUCUCUACGCGCCUUCAGCCCGCCCGCCGCUGGCUCCCCGCUGCCGCCUUUCCUCCGCUACGCGCACGAUACCGAGCGCCUCUUCAACUCGCACGCGACUUUAAAAACUGGAAGCUACGGUGGGAGCGGCUUCGAGUUCGCGGCGACCUCGCCGAGCGCACCCGGUGAGAUAUCGCGCCUGAGAGAGGAGGUGGUGGCCUCGCGGGCGGCCGCUCUACGUUGGGACGAGCGUAUAGCGCAGGCGAGGUCGGCGUGCGGCGCCUGGCAGAGGGAGGCCGACGAGGCGGUCCGGGCGGCACAAGUUGCCGAACGACAGAGGGAUGAAGCGGUCGCUCGAGCUCAUAAUUUACGUCGGGAGCUGGAGGCCGCUCGCGCCGCCGGCGCCGCCGGAGGCGCCUCGCGCGCUCGGGAGCUCCGCACGCUCCCUCUGGGAACUCUGAAGCAGCUUCAAGCGGCCGCUAGAGCGGAGUUGGAAGAGAUCGAGAAGGUUCUCUACCUAGAAACGGCGACCAAAUGUAUGGCGUGCGAGGAGCGGCCGCGCGCGGUGACGCUGGCGCCGUGCAACCACUACGUGCUGUGCGACAACUGCGCGCGCGCCGCCGACGAGUGCCCCUACUGCCAGACGCCCGUGCAGCGUCAUCAGUAGUCUAACUACUUGAAUCGCAUUGUUCUAUCAUGAACCAUCUAACUAAUUUGCAUACGCAAUAACAAAGGCACACAAUCAGUCUUGAUUGACAGCUCGAGACAACUUUAGGCGUCGCGUCGAUGAUGUUUGAAGAAAAUAAAAUCUAUAUUUUUUUUGUUUUAAACGUUAGGCCUACGAUUAUAAAACAAGUACCAAAUAAUAAUUCACGUUUUGGUGUUUCCUCGUGUGAUACAUCUAGCAAGAUGUUUUUUUUAUAUAUAUACAAAGAAGCUCAAGUAUUUUGAUAGUUCAUUGCGAUUCAAUUAUGAAUUUGGGCCGGUAUUAUUAUACCAUAUAUAACGUGAACGUAUGAUUUAAUUUGAUACGUCAAAUAUAUUCUUUACACCAGACUCCACCGUUCUCGCGCGCGACCCCAUACAUCUUGCGCGACUUCAAGUAAUGGACUCGCAGGCGAGAACGCAACUCAUGCCUAGACGGUCUGACUUAACAAAAUGAUAUAGACAAUUCAGUAGCUUUGCUGAAAAUCAAGUUUUACUAACAAUUUUACAUCCAUAAAUUAAUUAUAAGCUAUAAUAUGGCAACAUAAUAUCGGUCCCUAGUUGACGGCCGAGCUCUACCUAUGAAAUCGACUUUGCUAUUAAACAAAACAUGAUUGUCUAAAUUAUGAGAUGCAUAUUUUGAAAUAGUUGUAAGUGUAUAUAUAGAGGUAGACCACGGCCGUUGACUGAGUGCUCUCUACUCGUGUAGUCUUUCGAAUAACACCCGUUGGUGCGACAGAUACUUUCCUUGAUAUUUUUAUAUAUGGGUAGAUUGGGGUGUAACGUGUUAUAUCACUUGAUAAUAAUGAUAGAAUAUUUAAUUUUAGUAAAGAGCAAGACUUAUUCUAAUAAAUUUAUCGAAUGAAUUUAUAAUACAUGGACUAGGGUUUCUCAAAUUAACUGCCAACGUCAUUUCAUAGUAUAUUAUGUAUCCCCGGAGAGUGGAGUUUCCUUAGUAUCUGUUACUACUGGUUUCAUUCCACUGUCCUCUUCUUAGUAACCACAGAUUAUGCCCAGUGUUAUGCGCCGGACAACGACCACCCAGUUAAAAUCGCAUUAAACAUUGACAUAGGUAAACAACCUAAAGGACGCCCAAAAGCAACCUGGAGGAGAAACCUUCAAAGGCUGUCAGAGAAAAUUCCAGCUGACCCGUGUGACAGAAACAGAGCCGAAUGGCGGAAAAAUAUUUGGAGGGCCGACCCCAAAUGAAAUGGGAAAAGGCACGGAGAAAGAAGAGGGUAUUAGUCUAUCUCGCGGGCGUGACACUGUCGCGCCAAUCAUGUGCUAGCCCGGCUGCAACGAUGUUGUUUUAUGGGCACCUAGAAUGGGUGCUUUACCCGUUGUUUUUCAAAAUAGUCGCGCGUUUUAUCUAUCGGUUUUCUCAACUUGUGACUGGCGCUUCAAGAAGUCUUAUGUUUUCUAACUGACCUUCACGAAUCAUCCGGCAAAACACGUUUCAUGAUGGACACCUAUUUCCUAUUCCCAUUCAUAUAACAAUUCUUCAAACAUCUUGAGAGAAGUCAAGAUAUUUUUUAACAUAUAGACAUUAUUUAGUGCAUGGUUUACACAGUAGAGAUUUAUAAUGUUACAAGAUAAAAUAAUAUGCUUUUGAUGUUAUUUGGUUUAGAUCAUUACUAGUAGAGUUGUUGCUUUUACUGAACAUACACAUAUUAUAGGCAUUUAACGAGGUUUUAUAGGUCGACGCCUGGCCAUGCUUUCACCAAGUAUCGGACGGUAAUGGAUAAAAUUAUAGUGUAUUGCAAAAUUAAAGAUUUGACUCUGAAAAAUACUGAUAUUGGUGGAAGCACGCCCAAGACAACUAGAAUUUAUAUAAUAAUUGAAGAAUAUUAAAAGUAGUUUUUAGUUUUAUAACGAUUCAUUAAGAUAUCUAGUAGUUAUAAAAUCAUCAACAAUCUGAGAGUUGUUAAUUUUUGCUACAUUUUUUAAAAUCGUAUAUAUUAUGUAAGUGACUAAAGUGUGACUGCAAUUUGCUUCCUGGAGGUUAUCGGCACAAUUGUUUGCGCGCUGUCGGACCAAUCUUAGAUCAUACACCGGCCAAUGGUCGGCGAAUCGGCGUUCUAGUAGCGAUGUUAAAGCGACACUUGUACUACGCAUACUUUGAAAAUAAUUUCGAGUAUGGCAACAUAUUUUGGGGUACAUGAAUAUUCAAACUUUAAGCAGAUAAUCACUAUUACAACGCUAGUUCGGUCGACUGGCUCCCUGCGUCCCGUUGUCUGCACAGGCUGGCUCGGUAUUUGUAAUUUACCUAUUAAAUUCAUGGCCAAGUUGAAAGUUUUCAAUAAAUUUCAUAUAUUUGUAACCCGAUUUUUUAGGUUUAUCCUGAGUUUGGAAAUAUUAGUUUGAAUGUACAAGUACCGUGCCGCCCCAACAGCUAGCUGACGCAAAGGAAGGUACUAGCGAGAUUACUGCCCGGGCCUUUCCCGCGUGCAUUCUUUGCAAAUAGUAGGUAUAGUGCAUUUUAUGUUAACAUUCCUAAUUAACUGUUAGAAGUUACAGUUACGUUUUUAUUUCUCUAUCGGUGUGGGUACGCAUUUAGUUUUAAUCAUUGUGUUUAACAAGUAAAUAAUAAAAACUGUUAGUCUCUGUAGAGAGUUGCGUUACCCAACUUUGGUGUAGUAAUAUAUGUUUGCUGCACUUCAUGAGCCAGGUCUUACUGUGAUCUCACGUAGUGACGCCAUCAACAUCAAAGAUGAGAAGUGCCACUUUGUAUAUAAUUUACCAGUCUUCAUUAUUUAUUUGUCUCUGGUUUUAGUGUUCGAUUUCAAGUUUCGAGUACCGUCUUUUGGGUCAAACGAUUUAGCAGAUGUAUAUUUGGCUACGACCGGUACGGACAUGUACACUAACGAUUUACUACGCUAUGCUACAUAUACAAACGCAUUUUAUACAAAGUUUUAUUUCGAUUUUAGUACAUUAUAAAAUAUUUAUAUAUUUUGAAAAUCUUGAAAGUUUUGUAUCGGUAUAUUAUAAUAACAAAUUUAACCUAGGCGUAUGGAUUAGAUGUAAGUAGUGUUUUCAAAUUGUAAUGGACAUUAUUUUUAAGUGUGUAGUUGCGAGCCGUCGUGUAUCUUAAGCAAUAUGACCACAGCCGCCUUUACUCAAAUAUAUAUAUAAACAUAUAGUAUGUCGACACGGUACAUUUUGGUGUGGAGUGUUCAAGUAAAGCGUUGGCGUGAUUUUCUAUAAAUUGGUGUGUUAUAAAUGUCAAGGCCGCUAUGUGCAUAUCGGCCGCACGCGGGCGACGCGCGACAGCAAAUACUCAGUCGUUCGUGCGCGGCAGGCCUAAAUCGUCACAAAAUAAAUUGUUCAUUGGUUGAGUCUCAAAAUUCGUGUGAAAUCACACUGGUGUCGUAAUUGUCGGUACAGAAUGUCCUGUGUGGCCAUAUAAUAUAAUAUAGUAUUCUAGCUUACUAGCUAUUUGUAUUUCUAAUGAUUUAAAAAUUUAGAUAGUAUUAGAGUCACACUUAUUUUUAUAUAGAGUCUUUAUCACAUGGAGAGAGUACUUUUCAUUAUUGAAAUAUUUAUAUGGUACAAUUGGUGUAACAGAAAUAUCCAGUAAAUUACAGUAUUUGAAGAGACGCUGCGUGUCUGCCGACAUAAAAAUUACAAAACGUGGUCUAUGUCAAUUGAAUCGUCAUCCAAAUUGUAAUGGAUGUUCCACUAAGAGAGACCCCACACUAGUGUCUCCCGAGCGUCGGCGUCUAGUAAACUCUGUCUGCUGCUUGACGCAACCUUGGCGCAACUGCGCAGCGGCAUCAAUAGCCUUUAUGGAUAGCCUUUCCAGAGAACGGACGUAUUUUCAAUUCGCAAAGGGGGUAUUCCAGAAAAGUGUCGGGAACGUGACGCUUUUUUCUACUACUUCUGAUAACUAAGAAGCCGAUAUUUGGCAUGAUAACGUCCUGGCCACGACAUUGCGCGACUGGCUUCGGCUAAGGCGAAAACCAUAGGUGGCAUCGCUGUCUCGCUACAACCUAUGGUUGUCGCCUUAGUCGAAGCCAGUCGCGCAAUGUCGUGGCCAAGACGUAACGUUUGAUACCUUAGCUUUAAAUUCAACGGUAUAUAAUAUACAUUUCUGCAGGUUCACGUCACGUCCCCGACAAAGUAGACCUUUUUGUGGUAUGCCCCAAAGUGAUUGUUUGGUGUAUUACAGACUAUUAAAAAAAAUGUCAGUAGAACGUAGCGUCAUUCUCGAAUAAUGUGCAAUAUAUUCAAAAUUAUUUAUUUGUCAAAAAAGCAUCACCUGUGUGUGUCGAUGCGCGGCGUGGUUGUUGUGUUAUCCAUUAUAUUCGUUUGUAAGCAUUAUUUAUACGUUCACAAGAGUAAAGAAACUGAAUAGAAUGUCAAGUGUCGCAUAACCGCGCUAUGAAAUAUCUAUUAGCGCAUGAUGCCUUCUUGCAUUUUCUCUGGCCAUUCUUCGUGCGGCGACGCUUAAUAAUGAUGGAAUCCAAUCUAACACCCUGGGGGCUGAGCUCGGUCGCAUUUUGAUCGCCUGUCACCAUGCCUGUCACGUUCUAACAAGUAUGGAAGUGCGAAAGUGACAGGCGAUAAAAAUGCAACCUUGCUGCCACCGCAGGUCAUUCUGCUCCGUGUCGUUACUCCUGUGCUGAUAUUCCGUUUUUACUGCAUUUUGCAUUAGUUAACUAUUUAGAUCCAAUUCUUGUUUAAAUCUAGCUUGCAAGUAUGUCGCGUACGCAUAAUAACAACCCCUUUUUAUAUGUUCUUAUUAAUAUAAUAUUUUUUCAAUUAUUUAAUCUUUAGGUAGGUAGCUCCAACAAAUUCUUUAAAAUUAUUAUUGUUAAAUUAGAAAUAGCUAAUAUUGUAUUAGAAAACAAAUUGCGAUUCUCACGCUGAAGAAGAUCAAAUGAAUUAUGUUUUCAUUUUUUUAUAUUUAUUAUUCUAACUGCGGAACAUGCAUUCAGGCUUCGUCAUAGUAUUUUAUAAUCAAAUAAUUUUCAAAUCCAUGUGAUACAUAUGUGUAACAGAGAUGUGAAGAUUAUAAUUAUUAUUACUAGGUAGGUAGGUUUAAUAAAUUUUCAAUUCCAUUCAAUAAAA